AUGUCGGCCAAACGUAUUCAAAAGGAACUUGCCGAGUGCAUGGCCUCGCCGCCUGCUGGCAUGUCCAUUUCUCUCGGGCCCGACUCCGCCAUUCACCACUGGCGGAUAACCAUCACGGGGCCUCCCAAUACGUCCUACGCUGGCGGCUCCUUUGGUCUCCUCCUCGACCUCCCCACCGACUACCCCUUCAAGCCUCCCGUGGCCAAGUUCAUCACGCGCAUCUACCACCCCAACAUCACAAAUGAUGCCGUCGGAAACAUCUGCCUUUCCAUUCUUAAGCCGGACGCCUGGAAGCCCUCGACGCGGUUGUCCGCCGUUCUCGAGGCCGUGCGGAACCUGCUAGUCGAGCCCCAACCUGACGAUCCCCUCGAGGCUAGAAUCGCGGAUGAGUACAGGAACGAUAGGGCCGAAUUUGACAAGAACGUCAAGGCUUACGUGGAGAGAUAUGCCAAGAAUAAGCAGCCCGAGUUUUAG